CUGCGAUGAGUAGUUUACUUUAUAUAUUUUGUAUUUUCUGCUCCGUUUACUCUUACCAGCGCAAAGACUCUGAGAAGAAAUUGAAGAGUUUGAGAUCUCAACUGGUUUCCAUCUCUGUUGUUAUUCUAGUAUCAGAAAGAAGAAGAAGAAGAAGCAGCAGCAAAGUUAUGGCUCUGAUGGUUGCAGAAUCUCUUCUUGGGGCAGGAUUUGAACAGGUCUUUACGUUGUUACAAGAAACAGUUAAAGAUGUGGUAAGCAAGGCCCGUCAGUUCAAAGGCCUUCUUAGAAACCUCGAUUCCACGUUAGAUCUUUUGGCGGAUACGGUCAAAAAAAUAGAACGAUCAAACCAACAACGUGGUCGCGCAGUAGAGAAAACACAGAGCUUGAUCGAAGAAAUGACGAAAGGUGAGGAGCUGGUUCGCAAGUGCUUGCAAAUCCCAUGGUGGAACUUGGUCUUAAUAGUCAAGUACUCAAGCAAACUUUCUAAGUUGGACAAGGCCAUUUUGAGGUUCUGUCAGGUUGAUUUGCAAUUACAUGGUACAAUGACUGUGUUUGAGACUAGAGAAAUUGUGAGUGAUAUUAGCCAGAGAAUGGAUUCGAUUCGGUCCGUGGAGACACCAAAGGUGUCGUUCGCUGUUCGUGAACCCCCGGAUUUUACAGUUGGGUUUGAUAUGCCAAUGAAGGAGUUGAAGACGCUGCUGUUGAAGGAGGAGGUGACGCUGCUUGUAUUGACUGCUCCUGGAGGAUGUGGGAAGACCACACUGGUCCAAAUGCUCUGUCAGGAUGAGAUAAUUAAAGGCAAGUUUGAGAACAAUAUUUUCUUUGUGAACGUUUCAAAAACUCCCAACGUGAAGGUCAUUGUGCAGAACCUAUUAAAUUAUAAGAACAUGCAGCCUGACUUUCAAAUUCAAAGUGAUGAUGAUGCAAUCGACCAGCUGUUACAACUGCUGAAUCAUAUUACACCUAAUCCUAUAUUGUUGAUUCUAGAUGAUGUCUGGCUUGGAUCAGAAAACCUUCUUGAAAAGUUUAAGUUUGAUCUUCCCAAUUACAAGAUUUUGGUUACUUCAAGAACUGCAUUUCCAAGAUUUAGGUUUACAUAUCACUUAAAACCGCUAAAUGAUGUUGAUGCAAUGACCCUUUUUCGUCGCUCAGUAUCCCUACAUGAUGGGAGCUCUUACAUUCCAGCAGAAGAAGAUGUCAAAAAGAUAGUAAAAGGCUGUGGGGGAUUCCCACUAGUCCUUCAAGUAAUUGGCGCCUCACUGCGUGGGCAGCAUGAAGUGGUAUGGAGAAGUAGACUAAUGAAUUGGUCUAAUGGUCAAUCUUUUCUCGGUUCUGAUGAUAAGCUGCUUGGUCAUCUUGAAAGUAGCCUAGAAAAUGACAAGGUUAUCAUCAAAGAGUGUUUCAUGGACCUAGGUUCAUUUCCCGAAGACCAAAGGAUCCCUGCUGCUAUCCUCAUUGACAUGUGGGCAGAAUUAUAUGAGCUUGAUGAAGAUGGCAUCGAUGCCAUUGCCCAUUUGCACGAACUCACUACUCGAAAUCUGGCCAAUCUUGUGAUGGCAGGGAAAGAUGCAAGUGAGGCCAACAGCUAUUACAAUGAUGACUUUGUCACACUGCAUGACAUUCUUAGAGAGCUUGCUAUGCAUCAGAGUAGCAAAGAGCCUGAAGAAGAACGGCCAAGACUGAUUCUGAACAUAAGUGGAAACAAUCUACCAAAGAGGUGGAUGGAAAAGAAACAGAAACUCAUCAAUGCUUGCUUAUUAUCUAUCUCAACUGGUGAAUCAUUCUCAUGGAGUUGGUGCAACAUUCACGCACCCAAAGUUGAGGUUUUAGUUCUGAAUUUUCAAAAACUGAAUUACACCUUACCUGAGUUUGUGGAGAAAAUGGAUGAACUCAAGGUUUUUAUAGUCACGAAUUAUGGUUUCUUUCAUGCUGAAAUAAGCAAUUUUCAAUUGCUCGGGUCUCUACCCAAUUUUAGGAGAAUUAGAUUAGAGAAGGUUUCAAUUUCUUCCCUUUGCAAGACCCUUGUACCGUUGAAGAGUUUGAAGAAAAUAUCCUUGUUCAUGUGUAAUAUUGGUAAGGCUUUUGAGAAUUGUACUAUUCAACUUUCAAAUGCUUUGCCAAAUCUAAUAGAGAUACGCAUUGACUAUUGCAAUGAUCUGAUGGAAUUGCCUGUUGGGUUGUGUGAUAUUGUCCUCCUAAAAAAACUCAUCAUCACCAAUUGUCAUAAGUUGUCAGCAUUAUCUGAAGGAAUUGGAAAUUUGGAGAAUUUAGAAGUACUAAGGUUUAGGUCUUGUACUGAUUUGUCAGAGUUGCCAGAGUCAAUCAAAAGCCUCCAUAAGUUAAGCAUUCUUGACAUAUCUGACUGUCUAAGCAUUGGCAAGUUGCCAAAACACAUUGGUGAGUUGUGUAAUUUAAAAGUGCUCAACAUGAAAGGUUGCUUGAGAUUGUGUAAUUCAUUGCCAGAAUCAACUGUGGAGCUUAAGCAAUUAGAGCUCGUGGUUUGUGACAAAGAAAGGGCCAAGCUAUGGGAGCCUAUCAAGGAAUUCCUCACCAAACUUAAAGUAGAGGUGGCUGAAAAAGAUAUCAACUUGAAUUGGCUUCCCAAAUAAUGAGUUAUGAGAAUUGUUCUUCUUGGAAAAUGUUUUAGGUUUGAGUAUAUAUUUUAUGUCAAAUGGAAAUAUGGAGAAUCGCUGUGAAAGCCAUUGUCAACAGUAGUUGCUAGUCAAGAUAGUCUUAGUAGAAGCAAUGAUAGUUCUUCAUGAGAGAACCUAUGUACAUAUUGUCAAGGUGUUUGAGGAUGCAUACAAGUCAACAUUGGGAAUCAUUAUUCUUAAUGGCAUUGAAAGGUUACUGGGGUAUGUUGCCAUUAGGCCUCCUUUUCCAAUUAUAAUCUCUUAGAAGCUAUUGAUCCUGCUCAAGCCCUGAAUGAUGUAAGCUUAUGCUUGAUCAUUCUUUUGGCAUAAGGUAUUAUAUGUUUCUCUUGAACACUGCCUUUACCUCUCUCUCUCUCUCUCUAUAUAUAUAUAUAUAGGUUCCAUUGGUUUGAUCCUAUAGAAUCUGGCCCACUUUCUCAUUGAUUGAAAGGCAUCCAGCAAGACUUUGCAAUCCAUGAUAGUCCGCUUGUGGACAUUGUUUUGCUUUUAUUUUAUGACUAUAUUGGCAUGUACUAUGAGAGGACUCGUCGUUAAACAAUUGUUUCCUUUGGGUAGUUCUUAAUAUAUUGUCCUUUUUACCAAAAUAAAU